GUGACAGUCCAAGUAAAUAGUGGGAAACUGGGAGUGCAAGGAGAUCGAGUUCUGGGGUGAAAUGAGAAUGGAAUCCACCAGAGGUAGAAAAAGGUGAAAAACGCCACUAAAGUGGCGUGUGUGCGAGUGGUAUGAAAUAUGAACGAUUCGUCAAAAUGCUUGCAUCUGCGUGCGCCGGGAUUGGCUGCAGUUUCUGCUGCUGCUACUGCCUACUUGACAUUUGGUUCUAUCUCUGAUCACAAACACUGAUUCUGAAAAAGAAGAAGAACCCAUCCAACUUGCUUGCUUGUUAUCCAAAUCGCAACAACAGGCCUGUUUCUCUCUCUUCCACUCCCUUAUCUCCCUCGCUCGCAUUUACACAUUCAUUUCUUCUCUAAUUUAGGUUUUGAGAUUGUGAUUUUUUGUUAAUCGUUACUUGAUUAUAAUUGUUCAACUGCAUCUAUUGUUAAUUGAUUAAUUAAGAUUAUGAUGAGGCAAUGAUUUAGGGGAAAAACAAUUUAGGAUCAUGAUUGGCCACGCCCGUAAAGAACAAUUUGGUGCAUCAGCAAGUGAUUAAUAUUAUUUUAUAUAUGCAAUUGUCGUGUGGGGCGUAUGGCGCUGUUGAAGUUCUUGCAACUUGUGUGAUUGUCUUUAUGUCAAGUGUCAGGGUUUCUCUUUGUGGUGGAGUUCAGGAGUUGAAUUAUUAGGACGGUAUCAUUACCAAUUUGCCUCUCAGGUGUCUCAACUCUCAACCAAUAUUCUUACCUUUUGUAGAAUUACUGGUUAUUAUUAUUAACCAUUCAUCUGGGAGAGUUGUCUGGAAAAAAAAUAGUUCACACCUCAAAUAUACUAUUCGAAUUCGGGUUAGAUGCAGCUCUACCGCAAAAGCUAGUUUAGAGGCUGAGAGUUACUUUAUUCUUUAUAAAGACUUCUCAAUACGCCAUUCACGUCUAGGCCUAGAUAUCUGGAGCUCAGGAAAGAAUAUCUGCUAGUGACCCAUAUAUGAGUGCUAUAAACCAAAAUGAUAGACUUUGAUACCAUUUUAAAAUUUCAGUUUGACCUAACUCUACCCCAGAAGUGAGGGUUGUCUGCCCUUUAUAAAGACUUAUUAGGUCAUAUCUCUAAUAAAUGUCAGACUUCUCAACAUACACCCGCACUUGGAGAGAGUUAAGGAUAAAAUAGAGAAAUGAUAUAUAUGGUAGAUGAUGUGAUAGAAAAAGAAGAGAGAAAUAAAAGAGAAAAUAUGUAGAAAUAAGAUGGAAAAGAAAAGUGUGAAACCAAAGUUGUCUAGCAUCAGUACACAUACAUGGUACUGGAAUAAGACCAAUAAAAUUCUGGUAUUCUAGAUAAUUCUGUUAAGGUGUUUCAACUUCAAGUUUACAACUAUUUCUUAUUUUAGUAUAUGGCUAUUUACAACUAUUUCUUAUUUUAGUCUAUGGCUAUUUGGCUAAUCAUAAUGCCCUGAACUUUAUCUCUGUCUUUUUCUUUGCCCAAAUCGGCUAGAUUUCUAUCAUAUUUUGAAAUUCGUUAAGUUUCCAUGUUGAAGCAGAAUCAGGUUUGAGUGAAGUGGUGAGGGAGAACCUACUUCUAGUAGUUCUAAUAGCUUUAAAAUGAUUUUGAGAGUGUUUUAUGCAGAUUCAAACAUGUUAUUCCACGUUUGUAUCAGCACACAUUGAUUUUGGAUAUAAUUAAUUUAUUUUAAACAAAUUAGGGGAAAAUUGAGUGGAAAAUGAAGUGAUUUAUAUUUAGAACUUAUAUGAGAAAAGUGAUUUUUGUAGGUAAUGUUGUGAAAUCAGAUAUGAAAUCCCACAAUUGGUUUUACUUUCCUUUUCUUUCAUUAGAUUCUUUAGGUAGGCUUAUCAACUUAUAAAAGUACUCACAAAUUCAUACUAGGUUCUGAUUUGACAGAUGAAUACUCUUUUAAAAAAAUGUUAAAGCCAAUUCUCAGUUAUUUAUAGGUUAAACAAUAAAAAAUAUUACCAGGAAAAUUUGACCUUAACUAGAAGAGAGUACAUACAGAUGCAGUUGAAAUGGGGAUGGAGUGUUUUUGUCUUCAAUAAUCUGUGUUUCAAGAGGUCCAAGUUCUCUGUUCUCUGAACAGACUUAAAUGAUAUUCAACUUGUUUAAACAGAAAAUUUGGAGUUUCUCUGGUGUCAUGCAAUAUAUUGGAAAAUAUAAGACAAGGUUAUAACAGUAAUGGAGAUUCAUCAGUCACUCUGCAUUGGUUUUUGCUGACGUUUUAGAAGCUUGGUCCCAUAAUACUUGCAGACAAGGUAUCGAAACAUCAAUUAUUGUUCAAUGCCAUAAGUACCCUCUGCCUUUGCUUAUCCUCUUCCAUUACACCUUUAAGAGGCACGAACACAUUAAAAUUAAAAUAGUUGUUGUCAAUCAUUUUGGAUGCACCUAGGUCGUUAUAUAUAUUAUAUACGUUAUAUAUAUUAUAUACAUGAGAAUAAAUCAUGAUAGUUAGAUCUAAUCAUGAACAACUAAGAUUAAAACAUUAAAUCAUAUGACAUUUUAAAAAAGUCACAUCACAUUUUUAUGUGGUCACAUGAUUAAAAAAUAAGUUUUAAUCUUUGACCAUUGAUGAUUAGAUUUAACGGUUACUCUCUAUAUAUAUAUAUACAUAUAUUUAUGCUAAUUUUAUACAAAUUCUCUAUAUUAUAUUUAAAAUUUAUACAUAUCUUUGUUUGUGUCGUAUCAUGUCUGUCUUGUGGUGUUUUCACUCUUUCUAGUCUUUAACCUGUUUCAUUACAAUUUUAUCAUAAUGUUUUAUUAUAUGAGCGGAUAAGUUUUAGGGUACACAUUGGGAAAAUCAUGUACAUGUUUUUAGUUAUUGGAAGAAAACUUCAUGAAUGCAGCUUGUUCCAUGACGGUUCUUGGAUAUAAUUCGGGGCUUUUGAUUUGGUAUCAUGAUGCAUCCACAAUAUUGGGUAAAUAGUCACAUUGGUCCCUGGAUGUUCGCACCGACUUCAGAAUCGUCCCUGGAUGAAUUUUAUUAGGCUCGCGGUCCUCAGAUGUGGUAAAAAAUAGUCAUAUUAGUCACUGACGUUAAAAUCCCCUACGUCCGUUAACCCAAUUAAUAAAAGUCAACAUUAUCUUUCUAAUUUUCUUUCACUUUGGUCCCUUUCUUCUUUCUUCCACCCUCUUCACCCCCUCCUUCCAUCAUUUUCACCAAAACCCACCCCCCAUCAUGCUUCAGAAACCCAGAACGUAAACCCACAAUCUUCACCUCCUUCAUCUUCAUCUUGUUCAUCUUGUUCAUCUUCACUUUAUUCAUCUUCAUCCCCUUCUUUCAUCAUCUUCACCAAAAACUCCUCUCCUUCUUCAUCAACCCAUUUCCUCUUUUUUUCAUUUUUUUUUUUCAUAUCAUCAUCAUCAACACUCUUCUUCUCCUUCUUCAACCAACCAUGCCCAAACCUUCUCUCCCAGAUUUAACACAAACCCAACUCAGAUUUAACACCAUCACCGCCUUCUCCUCUCACUAAAUUCGGUAACCAGAAACACACAUCAUCUUUCAAUUUCCCCCUCAAUAUUUAACACCUUUAAAAUAUUCAUCUUUCAAUCUUGUGAGUUUUUUAUGUUUCUCCGCCCGGAUCUGUUCAACCCCUUCUUCAAUGGCUGGUUUCCUCUCACUUCUCAGGCGCCUCUACCUCACCCUUUACCACUGGACCGUUUUCUUUGGAUGGUAGUACAUUCACUCACUCACUCACUGUUCAACUAUGUUGCCCUUUUUCUCAAAUUCUCUCUCUUAAUUUGUGUAGGGUUCAAGUUCUGUAUCAAAGCCUUUGAUUUUCGCUCAAACUGCAGCUGUAUUAGAGGCAUUUGAGGGAAAAGUUUUAAUUUUUAUGAGCUAUAGACAUACCCUUUUGUUUGUUUUCUCUGAGUUGUGUUAAAUUUCUUGUGGGAAUUAUCUCAAACUUCUCAAAUAAAUGGUAAAGUUACAAUUUUUUCAACUUUUCAUGUUGCAGAACCAAGAUAUUGCCUAGCAAACCUUUAAUCUUCUGCAUAAUUGGACUGCUGGUGUGGUGUGUUCCCUCCCUGUGGUGGUGGUCUGAGUUUAUUUUGUGUUUUUUGGCUUGCUUCCCUGUGUUGCAAAGAUCUGAUUUGUGUUGGACAAGGGUAGUUUCCCUAUGCUUGUCUGUACAGAUCUUAUAAAAAAUAAAGGAAAUGAAAAUUGGUUGAAGAAUUCUGGGUCUUGUACAGAUCUGAUUUGAGUUUUAUUUUUUAGGAUUAGAGUUUAUUUUCUGGGUUUUGUUGAAGGUGAUGGGUUUCUGAAGCAUGAUGGGGGGUGAGUUUUGGUGAAAAUGAUGGAAGGAGGGGGUGAAGAGGGUGGAAAAAGAAGAAAGGGACCAAAGUGAAAGAAAAUUAGAAAGAUAAUGUUGACUUUUAUUAAUUGGGUUAACGGACGUUAGGGGAUUUUAACGUCAGGGACUAAUAUGACUAUUUUUUGCCACAUCUGAGGACCGCGAGCCUAAUAAAAUUCAUCCAGGGACGAUUCUGAAGUCGGUGCGAACAUCCAGGGACCAAUGUGACUAUUUACCCCCACAAUAUUUGUCAAACAACUUAAGCUUCAAGGAACCAUACAGUAAAAAUUUUGAUCUAUGUAAGUAUUCUUAAUAAAAGUAAAACUUCAGCUGAAUUUCUAAUAAACUGCCUAAGCGUGUAAAGAGUUAAUUAGUUUUUGAAGCUAUAUAUCUACUUUGACUUAUAUGAGAUAAUUUAUACCAAAUGGAAAAUUGAACGAAAAUAAAAAGAAAAUCAGAGAAUACAAAAGAUAAUGAAGUAGAAAAAAAAUUAUAUAUAUAAUGCUCCAUCCUUCGUUUUUUGUAGAUGACUCAACACUUCAUAACUUAAAAAGUAGAUUUUUUUUUUCAUUAUUCGUCCUCUAUGAUAAAUGAAGAUGAUUAUUGGGGGCAUUGUGUUCUAAAAGUGUAUUUGAUAGAUUUUUCUUUUCUACCGCAUUCCCCUUGUUGUUUAUGCAAGCUAAUAUUAUUGUUGUCCUGUUUCAGACUUUCAGUCUUGUUUCUUUUCUGAGUUUUAUCUUUUUUUGGUACCCUGAAAUAAAAGUAUUAUUGUAUAAAAAAAAUUCAUAAACUUAUAUAUAAAGAGUAAAAUAGAAAUUAUAGAACACACUCUUCUUUCUUUCCACUUUUUCUUUCACAUUCUCUUCAACUAGACAAUCUAAAAAAUUCUCACUUUUCACUCUCUUUCUUACCUUCUUCUUUUUUUUUUUCCUCACUUUUCUUUCACAACCAAACACACCAUUAAUAUUUUUUUUUUAAUAUUUUCUCAAUGACUGCUUUGCUUUUUACGCAUCAUAUGCAUUGCCACUUGAUUUAUCCAUUUAGGUAAAAGUUGUAUUUGAUUCGUUAUAGAUAUAUAUGUGAACUUUGACUUUUUUAAAUGACAGGAAGACUACAACAAAUGGAGCCUUAUCCUGAGAAAAAUAAUACAGGGAGACAAAUGAUUUAAAAUCGUUUAUCCUUUGUUCAGAUUAACUGACCUUUUUUAGAGCCUGUGCUUUCUUAGAGGUUAUGGGUGCCUUCAUAUUUAGUGACUAAUAUGUGUCUUAUAGUUACUUGAAUUAUAAGUACAAAAAUCACAAUAUAAGUAAGUAGGACACGCUAAAUAUUAGCCACUAGUUGUUAAGGGAAUCAGUAACCUUUUAAAAUGAAGAGUAAAAGAAAGGAACUCAAUUUUUGAAUAGUCUUGCUUUAUCUUGAAAUUUAGGAAAAAUUUGGUGUCAUUUUCCCUUUUGAAUUUGUUUUCAUGAUAUAUUUCUGUUAUAACCAAGAUAAUCUUUAUAGCGGACUAGCUUUUGGAGUAGAGUUAGACCACUCCAAAAUUUUAAUAUGGUCUCGGAGCCUAUCCUAGAUCCGUUUAGUAGAGACUAGAGAUCAACCAUAUAUAGGUCACCCCGCGGAUGUUUAGUCCUGCAUAUUCCACGCUUAAGAGUUAAGAUAUUCAUCACCAGGCACAAUGGAGUGUGUUAGAAAUUCUACAUUCACUAGAGAUAUGACCAAAGUAGUAAUGAAUAGAGCAAUCCUCACCAACAAGUCCAAAAUAUAUUUUCUUUUAAUGGAAUAUAAGAAUUCAAAUGGUUAUGCUGAUUAUGCUAUACAAAACAAUUAGAAGCACCUUAUGAUAUAGCGUGUAGUGGAAACUCCAUAAAUUUUCACAUAUGGGAGAGAAGUGAUUUUGAGAGAAACUUUUGUAAGUGAGAACUGACUUGAAAGAUUAGUGCAUGUUUGGAGACACGGUAAAAAACCACAAUAAAAGAAAAAUCUCGGUGGACAGCCAUAAAAGUUAAGAGAAGUUGCUUUUGUGCACUGUGAUGUUGGCUCACCGUGUAUCCGCACAUAUGCAUGUUAGGAUACUUACUAGUUUUUACGUCGGAAGGAGAAUUGGUUUUGGGAGAAGCUACUCCUAGUAGCUAUUGUGGGAGCAUUAUUAAUUCAUGAGGGUUUGAAUGUGAAUCCUAAUAUGAGCAUGUCAUUCUCUACCGUGAAAUGAAGAAAAUGAUUGAAGUGAGAUAUGGCAUGGUGAGACCAAGUGACCAACACUCAAGAAUCCAUUUAAAGCAGUUAAUAAAACGGUAACAGACGUAGUUUGCCAAAACAAGGAAAAGUCCAAUAAUUUUUUUUUAAUAGACUAAAGGCCAAAAUAUUUUCAAGGCCCUAGGCUGUCCCCAACUAUUUAUAACGCUCAUGAGGCCACAACCAGAAGGACCAGGACUUUCUUCUGAUCACUAUCUGCCUCUGCAUUGUGUACUUUGUCCCUCAAAUUGUAGGAGAAAACCCCGUAUGAUUCCACCAACCUAUCCCUUCCUUUCUGAAUUCUAUUUACACCAAAGUUGAUAUCAAACCACAUAUAGAUGAGAGUUAGGUCCUCUUUUAAGCAAGAAUCAAAUAGAGGAAUGGAAUUGAAUAAGCUUAGUAGAAACCUUGAAGAAGAGCCUCCUUUCUCUGGUGCUUACAUGCGUAGCCUAGUGAAACAGCUCAGAACAAAUGAUCAAGGUUGUGUUGUGAAUAGUGAUGCUUCUUCCCAUGGUCAAAAUUUAACAAAACAUGGCAAAAUUGGGAAAGCUUGUCAGUCACAGCAAUCCACACAACAACCCCAACAACAUAAAAAACAAGUUAGGAGGAGACUCCACACUAGUAGGCCGUAUCAGGAAAGGCUUCUGAAUAUGGCUGAGGCUAGGAGGGAGAUCGUCACCGCCUUGAAAUUUCACAGGGCAUCUAUGAAAGAAGCAAGUGAGCAGCAACAACAGCAGCAGCUGCAGCAACAGCAGCAACAAAGGGCACCAGAUUCCCCUCAGCUCUCCCAAAACCCGAGUUUCGAUCAAGAUGGAAGAUAUAAGUCCAGGAGAAAUCCCAGAAUUUAUCCAUCAUGCAACACCAAUUUUUCAAGCUACAUGGGUGAUUUUUCCUCUUACCCACCUGCCUUUGUUCCAAAUUCUUACCCUGUGCCUGUUGCUUCCCCAAUUGCACCACCACCCCUUAUGGCUGAAAAUCCCAAUUUCAUACUUCCAAAUCAGCCUUUAGGAUUGAACCUCAAUUUUCAUGAUUUCAACAACUUAGAUGCUACCAUUCACCUUAGUAACACAUCACUAUCUUCUAAUUCCUUCUCUUCUGCAACCUCCUCUUCUCAGGAGGUUCCUUCAGUUGAAUUGUCACAGGGAGAUGGGAUCUCUUCACUGGUGAAUUCUACUGAAUCCAAUGCUGCCAGCCAAGUUAAUGCAGGCUUGGACGCAGCGAUGGACGAGGAGGCUAUAGCAGAGAUCAGAUCAUUAGGAGAGCAAUAUCAAAUGGAGUGGAAUGACACAAUGAAUUUGGUCAAAUCAGCUUGUUGGUUCAAGUUCUUGAGAAACAUGGAACAUGGGGCACCUGAAGCCAACACAGAAGGUGAUGCAUACCAUAAUUUUGACCAACCUCUGGAGUUUCCAGCUUGGUUGAAUGCAAAUGAGAGCUGCUUAGAUCAGUGCUCGGUGGAGUAUUUCCAAAAUUCUACCUUACCUUGCUUGGACAUUGGAGAUAUGGAUGAAGAUUGGUUAGCUUGACAACUACAAGGAUUGAUUGUUUUGGUUAAAUCAAAUCCUUUGCUGCUUCUUUUUUUCUUUUGGGGUUUUGGGCACUUUCAUUAUAAUUCCCCUAUCCCCCCUCUAUUUUAGGUCCAUUUUUGGAUGAUAAAUAAGGCUUGCAAAUGUCAGAGAGACAGGCAGCAUUAAUAUGAGUGAUGAACAUUUUUGCUUC